GAAUAGGUGCCCGCCUCUUUGCUGCACAACUCUUUAAAGGAAAAUGUGAUUGGGUCUUUCAAGCGUCACUCCCGUCUUUUUCAAAACUCCCCGGCUGCACGAGAAAGAAAAACGAUUGGCUUUCAGAGCUGUCACUCAAGAACGGGAUAUCUUUUGACGCAAAAGGUAGUGGUAGAACCACUUUAGGUCUUCGAACGGGGGCGUGGUCUGCGAUACGGCGGUGGGCGGGCCGUUCAGCGUUUCCUUUGUGUGUGGGCACCAGUAACCGGCUGUGAGCGCGCUUGAGGAGGAGUAGAAGCCGCCAUUUUGUGCGUGUGCGCUUCCUCUUCCCCACCCCCUUUCCCCGUUCUCUGCCGGUUAAACCAGGUCCGAUCGCCGUGGCCGCCCUCCCGCCUGUGAGGAACGCCAGCCUCGUAGCGUCCGUCUUCGCUAGGCCGCAGCUGCCCCCUGCCGGCGGCAGCAGAGAGGAGGCGAGGAGGAGUUUGGCGGCCUCGGCUCCGGCAUGGAGAACAACCAGCUGUGUAAGCUGUUCAUCGGCGGCCUGAAUGUGCAGACGACGGAGGCAGGGCUGCGAGAGCACUUCUCGGCCUACGGCACCCUGACCGACUGCGUGGUGGUGCUGAACCCGCAGACGAAGCGCUCCCGAUGCUUCGGUUUCGUCACCUACUCGGCCGUGGAGGAGGCCGACGCGGCCAUGGCUGCCUCUCCGCACGCCGUGGACGGCAACGCGGUCGAGCUGAAGCGCGCCGUCUCCCGCGAGGACUCGGCCCGGCCCGGCGCUCACGCGAAGGUGAAGAAGCUCUUCGUCGGAGGCCUCAAGGGGGACUUGGGCGAGAACGACCUGGUGGAGCACUUCAGCCAGUUCGGCCCCGUGGAGAAGGCCGAGAUCAUCUCUAACAAGCAGAGCGGCAAGAAGCGCGGCUUCGGCUUCGUCUACUUCCAGAACCACGACGCCGCCGACAAGGCCGCCGUGGUCAAGUUCCACCCCAUCCAGGGUCACCGCGUGGAGGUCAAGAAGGCUGUGCCCAGGGAAGACAUCCAGGCAGGAGGAGGAGGAGGCGGCGGAGGAGGAGGAUCUUCCCGGUCGAGCUGGGGCGGCAGGGGACGGGGAAGGGGCGGCGGCGGCGGCGGCAACCGGGACCACAACGGGCUCUCCAAAGGCGGCGGCGGCUAUAACAGUUACGGAGGCUACGGUGGAGGGGGCUACGGAUCGUACGGCGGAGGCUCGUACGGAGGAGGAGGAGGCGGCGACUACGGCAACGGGUACGGCGGAUUCGGCAGCUACAGCCAGCACCAGUCGUCUUACGGCCCCAUGAAGAGCGGAGGCGGAGGGGGCGGCGGCUGGGGAGCCCGUAGUAACAGUGGACCUUACAGAGGUGGUUAUGGCGGGGGAGGCUGCGGAGGAGGCCCCUUCUAAGCGGGAAUUUCCCAUAACCGCUGUGGGGAAUACCAGUUUUGUCUGCAUGGAGUAUGCUCUCCGUUUGUACCGGGCCAGAUUCUCAGUAGUCCCCUACUCUUCGCCUACGGGCACCUCCAUAUAAAAGGCUCCCAUGAUGCGGAGCAGCUCUCAAAUUACCCCUGCUGGGGUCGCUCUGCUGCCUGUGCCACUUCUUUCUUCCCGAAGAUGGACUGGGCUUCACACAACGAUUUUGUGUUAGUCAUUGAUGGACUCUAUUUUUUUAUUGCUUGGACAUUGGUCGUUUUUAUACUAGGAACAAGAUUGUUUUAAUUUUGGUUUAUUUGGGGAUGGGAGGGAAUGUUGUGCUGAUUCUGGAGUAAAAACAUGGGAGGGGAAAGGGGAAUUAACUUUGUAAGGACUUGGAUACCUACACAUUUUUUUUCUACAAAAU